GACUUGUUCAAGCCGGUCAUCAGAUGAGCUGUGAGCCUGUGAGGCUGUGACCAGUGCAGCGCGGGCGCAGAGAGCUGAAGCGUGGAGGCCCGAGCCCCAGUUCGGCAGUUCAGCAAUCCCCGCCGCGCUUCCAAGCUCUUCCCGUCUCCAGCCGCCGCGCCAUGGCUUCUGCGGGGGCCAAUAGCGCGGCGUCCUCCUCGGGGGGGCCGCCCUUGCCGCUGCCCUUUCCCUUCCCCGCCGCGGCCCACUUCCCCUCCCGCGGCGCCGUCCCUUUCCUGCCGCAGCACCAACACCCGCCCGCCACCUCCGACGGCGGCGAUGAGGUUGAAGAAGACGAGGGCAGCAUGGACGACGACAGCGGCGAAGAGGACGAGGCUGAGCUGGCGGAUGGAGCAGCCCACGGCUCGCAGCAGCGACGCGCCUCCUCCGCUCCAGGUAUUGUGCGGGCAGCGAUGAACGGGGAUAAUGGAGUGAGGCAUAUCCAAGAGGGGCAUCAGUGGCAGCAGCAAAGUCAUCUGUAUAACCGUGGAACUGAGCAAUAUGGUUGUACUUCAUCUGGCGGAGACGAACCUGGUACUAUCCCCAGAGAUACGAGAGUGGAGAAUGGAUACGGAGUUAUCGGGAGAAGAGAGGGGGGCCCUGCAUCUAGCUAUUGGGACUUGCUGAGAGCUUAUCUCUCUGAUCCAUUGACAGGUGUUCUCAUGGAUGAUGCGAUGAUUCUAUCAUGUGGCCAUUCUUACGGACGUGGUGGGAUGCAGCAUAUCUACAGAAUGAAAGCUUGUGGUAAAUGUGGGCAGCCAAUUACCGAGGACAAAAUUCGACCAAACUUGGCUCUUCGCCUUGCAGUUCAGGCAUUUAAACGCGAAGAAGAUUCAGCAAAGACAUUGAAAAGAAGAAGAGAGUGCCUUGAACAGGUAUACACCCUUUUUCCAGUAUAUCAAUUAUGCUUCAAAUUUUUGCAGCUGUAUGUGUUGCAUGUUCUUAAAUCCAUUUCUACUCUAUGUGAGGACAAAUGUGGCAAUGAUGAUCCAAAUCCUACUGAACCUUCUAGAGGGAAAGGUGUGCAGUUUCCUUUUUCUGUGUUUGACCGUGUCAUAAUCAAGUGGAUUUUUGCCAGGGAAACAAGAGGACCCCAGAACGAUUCGUGGGGCGUCAAGCAGUUGUGACAGCACAGUGCUUAAAUGGAUGCAGGUAUGUAGUGAAGACUUUAGACAAUGCAGAGAGCGUGAAGUUGCAGUACCGUUCCUUGGCAAAGGUUGCCGAUGGCAAUGGGUCUCCUGUUAUGGCCUCAAGCAACGCCCAAAAUGCAAGCUGGCUAUAGGGUAGAAUGCGGGCUAUUUUGCAGCGGUAGACCCUUCCAACACCCGAAACACUUCUUCGAUUCAUGUAGAAGCUGCUGCGCUUCUGUAAUGGUGCCAGCAACCAGCAUGCUGGAUUCAGAUUCGAUUUCUUUUUUUUUUUUUGACCCUUUUUGUCUCCUGGAGACACGGAUCUUGUGAGGAGCCUUUCUUUAUGUCAAUUGCAAAAGCAUGUGACGUCACCGAUUAGGGAGCAUCUCA